AUGUUUAUAGGGCACACGUUAGUUCUCCUUGCACUCGUGUCAACUGGAAGUACUGCUCAUGCGCAGGAACCGGCAACAGACGGCCAAUCCAAUACCAGCGAUGGCGAGCAAAAAACAGCGGGAGAAUUUAAAUCAUCUGAUGAAGAAAUUUUUAAAAAAUUAUUCAUCACGAAACGGAGACAGCAUCACAGUGCAAUAAAAAACCUCAAAAAACUGGAUUCUUACGAACGGAAAUACGAAAUGAUCUCGAUCAUAAUGAAAAAUGUAAUUGAAAUUAUCGAAACGCAACGUAGUACCCUCGAGGCGAUCAAGGAGGGACUCAAGGAGAAUCGAACGCUCUCUUACGUGCCUCAUGAGAUGAGAGAUGCAUUAACGUCGGUUCUCGAGAACACGGCAUUCCUCGGGGACAUAGUCCUCCAAGUCCCAGACAUAAUGCACAGAAUACUAAAGAAGAACCUCAACUGGGAAAUUCAAAUGCACUGGUCGUUGAACUUUGUCAACGAAACUCGAUUUCUUAUCGAUGAGGCAACGGGAGGCAUGCUCGACCUAGCAUUUCAGGAGCUCAACAUAACUCAGAGGUCUCCCAACUACUCGAACCCAUACGCUUCAGCAAAGAAGGGAGAUUCGGAUGGUAAAAAUUUGGAGAGGAAGAGAAAGGAGAGGAAAAAACGAAAAAAUGGACCUCAAAUGGUCCACGUUGACUUGUAAAUUGAAACAGAUAUGAAAUUCUCAAUAAAAAUAUUGAUCAUUUUCAAUGACGAAA